AUGGGGGGAUUAGCAACGACUGCAGACACUGGUCUAAACUCUUCAGAGACAUCAUCUGCCAGACCAUCUGGGUCAGAACGCACUUCUGAAGCAUUGACCCAAGUGCCAUCCACCAGAGGUCAGAGGAGGGCAAGAAGCCUGUACCCAGAACACCGAAGAACCAGAGCCAGAUCUGAAAGAAGUAGGUCUCCUCUGCACCCAGCAAAUGACAUUCCACAAAGAUCUCAUCAUAGCAUGUCAUCUCAGACUUUUGAACAUCCUUUAGUAAACGAGACUGAGGGAAGUUCUAGAACACGUACCCUUGCAAUUUUGAGACAGCUGAUAAGUGAGCGAGGUAGAGGUCUUGUUGCAGCUUCUGCGUCGAGAACUGCCACUCAAGGGGCAAGGUCUUCGGACACAGGUACCAAUGGUCAAGCUGCAAGAUCUGGUCAAAGACCUCCAACCAUCGUAUUUCAAGUCAGAAGAAUUCGUGUGAGAGAAUACCCACCGAGAGAUAGCAUAGCUAGCAGAACUCGGUCUCGCUCAGGGUCUCAGAUCCCAAACAACAUAAUCUCUUCUCAUAGUGAACGUGGUUUGAGGCCCACCUUUAUACGUUCUGAGCCUGUAGGUGCAGGUGUGAGAACCUAUGUGCAUCCUAGCAGGAUUCCUAUUCGUAGAUUCGUAAAUAGUAGAUCAAGUGGCACUACAUCUGUUCAGAUUCGAACAAUGUUCAGGCAGAUAAUGAUUGGUUUUAGUGAGCUGGCGAGAAUAGAAUCACAGAGUAGAAGAGGGAGUUCUGGUGGUAACCGUUCUGGUUCUGACUCCAGCUCCAGUCCUGGCUCCAGUUCCAAUGGUCAAAGUUCAGGAAGUAGGUCAGCCAUGUUUGAAGGCAGGAAUGAAGGAACCCGAAUUCUCGCACCAGGUGCCAGGAGAGCAGACCGACAUAGGGCCCCAGGUAUCAUUGAUGAAAAUGCCUCUCCAUCAUUUUUUGAUCUGGCUCGUUUUUACUUCUUAAAUGAAAAUGACGAACAACGUAGAGGACUCACCAAAGAACAGAUUGAUAAUUUGGCAAUGAGAAGUUUUGAUGAAAAUGAUGCAUUGAAGACAUGUAGUGUUUGUAUUAGAGAAUAUAUGGAAGGCGACAAACUUCGUAAGCUACCUUGCUCCCAUGAGUACCACGUCUACUGCAUUGACCGCUGGUUAUUGGAGAAUUCCACCUGUCCAGUUUGUCGCAGGGCCGUCUUAUUUUCUGAGGACGGAGAAAGUGCUUUGUAA